AGACUGUGUUCAGAGUUCCGGAGACUUACCAUGGCUCCCCUCGAGACUUUCGAGCUUGGGAUUUCAGUGUUCAGUUUCGAUGAGGACUACACCUACAGCUUGCUAGAGCCCGUAUUUAGCGGACUAUGUCAUGGUGCUGACUAUGAGCGACUCAGUGAGAAGAACCAGAAACGAUUUUCUUCGGAACUCGACAAAUGUCAUUUACAAAGCAUUGAUCCUGCAGAUUGCGAUGGCUACAUUGACUCAUUGCUUCAACUAUGCAGCGUGAUCACCAGAGAAUGCACCGGAAAAGAUUUUCAGCAAUGGCAACUGGGAGAGGCGGCUCUCUCUGAGCUACGAAAAGCAUGGAGACAUUUUGUGCAUCUUAUUUCAGUCCGAGAUUUUGACUGGGAAAACUUGCAGGAUUUAGAUGGUGAAAAACCAGGUGAUAAGGCCUCGGCCAAGUUGAAAAUGCUGCGAUUUGUGAUUUCGCAGAAGCUCAUGGUGCCUUUACAAAUGUGGGCCUUGUUGUUGAAGUUGGCCGCUGGACAUGGAGCCACGGUCCCCAAACAUGCUAUGAUGCAACGACGCGGAUGAGACGCAACAGGACUGGAGCCGAAAGCUGCGGAUUGAUGAUCGAUGCCUCGAAAAAGAGUGGCCGUGACAGGUCGAAAAG